CAGCUGUUUGAUCUCCUCAUUUAACGUUGAAUCCCACAUUAAAUAACUUGGUGGUGUCUGCGUUGCUUUGCAGGGCUGUCCAGGGAGACGCGGAGCAAUGGGACCGAAGGGAGAGAAGGGAUACCCUGGUGGAAUUGGACGAACAGGUCCUACUGGUGACCCAGGGCAUCCCGGAGUCCCCGGGGUCCCAGUGGUUGUUCUCUGGAGGAACUCAAAGGAGGAUUGGCUGUCAUUUACUCAAACCUCAUUUUAUCAGCUUCUUCGUGCAGGCUGGCCAAGCCAGCCUGGACCUCCUGGACUACCUGGUCACCCAGGAAAGCCAGGAUUGCCUGGACCUCCUGGACAUCCAGGGGAGUCGGGUGUAAAAGGAUGGAUUGGAUACCCGGGUGAACCAGGGCCACCAGGCCUUCCAGGUCGUGCUGGGUUUCCUGGUUCAGAUGGACUUCCCGGCACAGAUCAAAAGUCUGGACAACCUGGUGCCCAAGGUGAACAGGGCCCACAAGGAUUUAGGGGAGACUGGGGGCCUGCUGGAGACAGAGGAGAUGAGGGUUUUCUGGGAGAUCCUGGCCCUCCUGGCGAAAAAGGAGAAAAGGGGGCAAAGGGGGUCAAAGGAGAAUGCGGACCUUCUGGACCUCUUGGGCUCCAGGGUUUGAUGGGUCCUAAAGGUCUUCAUGGUUUUCAGGGUCUCCCUGGGCCAAAGGGAGAUGCCGGCUCCAUGGGCUGUUCAGGACCUGCAGGGCCUGUGGGUGAGCUGGGGCAACCAGGACUGACUGGAGUCCAAGGAGUUAAUGGCUCUCAGGGAGAAGCGGGGCCUUCAGGCCUGCCAGGCCCGCCAGGCCCUCAGGGUCCGCAAGGCUUGGAAGGGAGGCAUGGGCCCAAAGGACUCAGGGGAUUACAGGUGAGUGGGCCAUACCUUCCUUAGAGACCUGGGACACAAUC